AAAUAUUUUCAGAAUAGCAGAGGACCCGUGUUCGAAACCCUCUCUUCACAAAAUCCCCAAAUUUUUUUUUUCGUUUCCGAAUUUCUUGCCGGCGGAAGACUGCCAUGGACUCAGGCGACCAACAGAUUCGCCGGAAAUCGAAGCGGAGGUUCCAACCAAGACCGCCGACGCCUUCUCUCCGGCCGAUUGUCCCAGCCAUCGUCAACACCGAAGCUGAAGAUGAUGAGGAAGAGAAUAAAAAAGCAGCUCGCCGCUUAGCCCAACGUAUCGGCAUUGGCCAGGGGAGACCCAAGAAGGAAACAAAAGCUUCUUCUUCCUCUGAAGUUGCAUUCCAGUCAGACUUCUCCUCACUUGCGAUAAAGUCGUUUGGGGUUCCUAAAGAAGAUGACAAGCGUGGUGGUUCUGAUGUUAUUUCCUCUUCUUCUUCUUCUUCUUCUGCUGCUGAUAUGCCUCUUGCUAUUAUUGCUCGAGAAGAUGAAGAUGAGGUUCAUGAUUUGGUUACAAGAAACGAGGAUGGCUACGUUGAACCUUGGGAUUAUAGAAACUCCUACUUUCCUACUGUUCUUCCUUUGAGAAACCCCAACUCUGGUGAUCCAGAACUUCUUGACCAGGAAGAAUUUGGGGAGUUGGCUAAACAUCGUGAUUAUGAUGAGAACAUCAACUCAGCAGAAGAACUUGGUCUGACAUCGGUGCAACACUGCAAAAAACAGAUGUUUUUCUUCAAGUUUCCAGACUCUCUCCCUGUAGUGAAGCAAUCGACAAGAACAAACACCAAGAGGUCGAUAUCGUCAGCGAGUAGUUCAACACGAAGCAACCCUUUUGAAGGUUUACCAGAAGGUUUCAUGGGCAAAAUGCUAGUUUACAAGAGCGGCACUGUCAAGUUGAAACUUGGAGAUGUCCUCUUCGAUGUCUCUCCAGGUCCAAAUGCAAAAUUUCAUAACGAUGUGGCAGCAAUUAACACCAAAGGGAGGCACUGCUGUCGCAUUGCUUCUUCAGCGAAGCUUGUGACCGUUACUCCCGAUGUUGAGUCUCUUUUGAACACUGCUUCGGACAUGGAAACACACAAGUACAAGUGAAGGUCGUUCUGGACGGUC